GCCGUGCACAUCAUGCAUGUUGCAUGUAAAACGUACACAACGCGUAAACAUGGAGCAUCGCUGAAGGAUUUACUGUCAAAAAACUGCGGAAUUAUCGACCUUUUUUCAUCCCUUUCCAAACCCGAAGGCCAGCGCCAUGGAUAAGUUUCGAACUGUGGUCCACAAUAAUGUCGCGGCUGCCACAGCCAGCAGCGGAACCUACGUCAGCGGCAGCGCUAGUACCCCGACCCCUACCACCGCCUCCCCUACGGGCCUGCCUGCCACCACCAACGCCCCACUCAGCUCGGCUUGGAGAACCACGCUGGCCGCCACAACCACAGUCUCCACAAUGAACAGGAGACGGAAUACUUACAACAAGAAGAAGCAACACUCAGGAACUUCACUGCGCCCCCCGAGGGCGCUCUUUUGCCUUACGUUGGACAACCCCGUGCGGCGGAUGUGCAUCAGUAUCGUCGAAUGGAAGCCGUUUGAGUACCUUAUUCUGCUGACUAUAUUUGCCAACUGUUUUGCACUUGCCAUCUACACACCGUUCCCCCAUGAAGACACCAACACCACUAACAAGAACCUGGAAAAUGUGGAGUAUAUCUUCCUGUUCAUCUUCACGUUAGAAGCCAUGCUGAAGAUUGUUGCCAUGGGGUUCCUCUUUCACUCAGGGGCGUAUCUAAGAAAUGCCUGGAACUUCCUAGACUUUAUUAUAGUAAUUAUUGGGGUAGUCAGCACAAUACUUUCCCACACCGCCCAGCAGAUAGCAGGCUUUGAUGUGAAAGCGCUACGGGCCUUCCGCGUCUUACGACCACUCCGGCUGGUCUCAGGGGUGCCUAGUUUACAGGUGGUCCUGAACUCCAUUGUUCGUGCCAUGGUGCCACUGCUGCACAUAGCUCUCCUAGUAAUCUUUGUUAUCCUUAUCUAUGCUGUGAUUGGACUAGAGUUGUUCAUUGGCAAAUUGCACCGAACCUGUUGGAUAGUGGAGGAUGGUGUGCGGAGGCACGUCGAGGAGGAACCCCACCCCUGUGGGGACCGGGGCUUCAAUUGCAGCGAGCUGCGGGAGGACGCUUUCUGCGACGAAUACUGGGAGGGUCCCAAUGAGGGCAUCACCAACUUCGACAACAUCGGUCAGGCCAUGCUGACGGUGUUCCAGUGCAUCACCAUGGAGGGCUGGACGGACGUGCUGUAUAAUGUCAACUAUGCCAUAGAGAGUUGGUGGCCAUGGUUCUACUUUGUCACUCUCAUCCUCCUGGGUUCGUUCUUUGUGCUCAAUCUCAUUCUCGGUGUUCUUAGUGGGGAGUUUUCUAAAGAAAGAGAAAAAGCCAAAGCACGAGGGGCCUUCCAGAAGUUCCGAGAGAAGAAACAGAUUGAGGAGGAUCUGAAAGGAUAUCUGGACUGGAUCAUGCAAGCAGAGGAUAUAGAUCCAGAGAAUGAGAUCGAACAGCAUGGCGAACCACCAAAACACGUCCUAUGGAAGCGACUUGGCACUCUUAACACAAAAGUACCUAAGCCGAUGAGUGAGUCGGAUUCCUCAGAGAAAUCGGAGGAGCUUGGAAGCACCGACAUACCGCAGCAGUCCUGGAUGCAGCGGAAAAAACGGCAGAUGAGACGAUGGAAUCGAAGGUGUCGAAGACUGUGCCGGCAAGCAGUCAAGUCCCAGGCCUUCUACUGGGUGGUCAUCAUCAUGGUGUUUCUCAACACCAUCAUUCUGGCCUCCGAACACUACCGGCAGCCCAAGUGGCUCAUGGAUUUCCAAGACAUCGGCAACCUCCUCUUUGUGGUCAUCUUCACCGUGGAGAUGCUCAUCAAGAUGUACAGCCUGGGUCUCCAGGGCUACUUCGUCUCCCUCUUCAACCGCUUCGACUGCUUCGUGGUCUGCAGCAGCAUGGUGGAGGUGGUACUGAUGUAUGCCGGUGUCAUCCAGCCCAUCGGGAUCAGCGUGCUGCGGUGUGUCAGACUACUGCGAGUCUUCAAAGUAACCAGAUACUGGGCAUCUCUUCGCAACCUGGUGGCCUCCCUCCUGAACAGCAUGCGCUCCAUUGCCAGUCUCCUGCUCCUCCUGUUCCUCUUUAUCCUCAUCUUUGCCCUGCUGGGGAUGCAGGUGUUUGGCGGCCGCUUCAACUUCAACAAGACCCAGGACAAGCCGCGCAGCAACUUUGACAACUUCUGGCAGUCUCUCUUUACCGUGUUUCAGAUUCUGACAGGUGAGGACUGGAACGAAGUGAUGUAUGACGGAAUAGCGGCCUAUGGCGGUGUACACUCCAUCGGCAUCAUUGCCAGCAGCUACUUCAUCAUUCUCUACAUCUGGGGAAACUACAUCCUCCUCAACGUCUUCUUGGCCAUCGCCGUGGACAAUCUUGCCGAUGCCGAGAGCCUGACCGCCCUGGAGAAGGAGCGGGAGGAGGAGAAGAGAAACAAGUCCAUCCGGCGGGCCAACGAGGUGGACCUCUCCAAGCAGCUGCCACCCGGGGUGGACCCCAAGGGGGUGAUCCGAGGCCCUAAGAGGCUGCAGGAGAAGCGCAAGGCACUGAACAAGGAGGCGCCCUCCUCCAACAAUCACAAGGCCAUAGAGGAUGGAGAGAAGCAAGUCCACAUUGAAGAAGACGAGGCCAAGAAGGCACUCAAAGAGCCGGGAGACGAGGACGAGGAUGAGGAGGAAGAAGAGACCUUGACAACGCAAUCGGCCAGGCCGCGCCGUCUGUCAGAGCUGGAUCUGCCCAACAAGAAGGCACCCAUGCCCAAGGAGAGCUCGCUGUUCGUCUUAGGCCCAGAGAACAGGUUCCGUAAAGGCUGCUACUUCGUGUGCACUCACAACUACUUCUCCAACGUCGUCUUGCUACUGAUCCUCAUCAGCAGCAUCAUGCUUGCCGCUGAGGAUCCAAUAGACAAAAACAAGACGUUAAACUUUAUUCUAAACUGUUUUGACUAUGGGUUCACUGUAGCAUUUACGAUAGAGAUUCUUUUAAAGGUGAUUUCGUUUGGAUUAGUCAUUCACAAAGGUGCCUUCUGUCGUAAUUUCUUCAACCUUCUGGACUUGUUAGUUGUAACAGUGUCUUAUAUCUCCAUUGCACUCCAAGGGCAAGGGGCCAUCUCGGCGGUGAAAAUUUUAAGAGUGCUGAGGGUGCUUCGGCCGCUGAGGGCCAUCAAUCGCGCCAAGGGCCUGAAACACGUGGUCCAGUGCGUCUUUGUGGCCAUCAAGACCAUCGGGAACAUCAUGAUGGUCAUGCUGCUCCUGGUCUUCAUGUUCGCCUGCAUCGGCGUCCAGCUCUUUAGCGGGAAGUUUUACUCCUGCACGGACCUGUCCAAAAUGACAGAGGAACACUGCCACGGUAAUUUUAUUGAGUAUAAGGAUGGCAACUACUUAGAGCCUGUCGUCAAACCGAGAGUGUGGAAGUUGAACGAGUUCAGUUUCAACAACGUUGGCAGCGGAAUGCUAGCUCUCUUUACCAUCUGCACGUUUGAGGGCUGGCCACAGUUGUUGUACGUUGCGAUAGAUGCAGCCAGCGAGCCCGACCACGGUCCAAUCAGGAACAACCAGCUGGGUGUGGCCAUCUUCUUCUUUAUCUACAUCAUUGUCGUUGCCUUCUUCAUGGUCAAUAUCUUUGUGGGUUUCGUCAUUGUCACCUUCCAGAACGAAGGGGAGCAGGAGUUCAAGAAUUGUGAGCUUGACAAGAAUCAGCGUCAGUGCCUCGAGUUUGCCCUGAAAGCCAGGCCGAAGAAGAAGUACAUUCCCAAGAAUUCAAAGCAGUUGAAAGUGUGGAAAAUAGUGACUUCUCGACCGUUUGAGUACCUGAUCUUCGUGCUUAUCAUGGUCAACACCAUUGUUCUGGCUAUGAAGUACUACGAUCAGUCAGACGAAUAUUCAGAAGUGCUAGACAGAGUCAACAUAGUUUUCACUGCAAUAUUUUUGUUGGAAUGUAUUCUCAAAAUCAUUGCCUUCAAGAUAAAGAAUUAUGUCCGAGAUUUAUGGAACUUGUUUGAUUUUGUCAUUGUCGUGGGUAGCAUCAUAGAUAUCAUUUUAUCAGAAGGAAAAGCCUCACAAAUGGAUUCCGAAAGUCGUUUCAGCAUAAACUUUUUUCGGUUGUUCCGAGUGAUGAGACUGGUCAAGUUGCUGAGUAAGGGAGAGGGCAUUCGAACCUUACUUUGGACAUUUAUCAAGUCCUUCCAGGCACUUCCAUAUGUGGCCCUGUUGAUAGUAAUGCUAUUCUUCGUCUAUGCUGUAAUAGGCAUGCAGCUCUUUGGCAAAAUCGCGCUGACCACAGACGGACCCAUCAACAGAAACAACAACUUCCAAUCCUUUGUAGCAGCACUUCUGGUCCUGUUCAGGUCAGCAACUGGCGAAGCCUGGCAGCAAAUCAUGCUAGCGUGUGCCAGCUCGCCGGAAGCCAAGUGCGACCCAUUCGUUCUCGAGCACCAGCCCGAAGUUGGAGAAACCUGUGGCAAUGACUUUGCGUAUAUUUACUUCUUGACGUUCUACAGCUUCUGCUCUUUCUUGGUUAUUAAUUUGUUUGUGGCAGUCAUCAUGGAUAACUUUGACUAUCUCACCCGUGAUUGGUCCAUAUUGGGCCCUCAUCACCUGGACGAGUUUGUCCGCAAUUGGGCGGAGUACGACCCAGAGGCUACUGGUAAGAUCAAACAUUUGGAUGUGGUUGCCUUGCUGCGACAAAUUUCGCCGCCUCUAGGCUUUGGCAAGCUCUGCCCCUACAGAAUAGCAUGCAAGAGAUUAGUGUCGAUGAAUAUGCCUCUGAACAGCGAUGGCACGGUGAUGUUCAACGCCACGCUAUUUGCCCUGAUCAGAACGUCCCUAAAGAUCAAGACGGAGGGUAACAUAGACAAGGCGAACGACGAGCUUAGGCAAGUCAUCCGCAAGAUAUGGAAGCGGACGAGCACAAAGAUGUUGGACCAAGUAGUUCCCCCAGCAGGAGCCGAUGAUGACGUGACUGUGGGCAAAUUCUAUGCAACAUUUCUGAUUCAGGAUUACUUCCGCCGCUUCAAGAAGCGUAAGCACGACCAGCUCAAGAUGCAGGGCCACGAGCAAGGAACGGUUGCACUGCAGGCUGGUCUGCGAACGCUACAAGAAAUAGGGCCCCAGAUCAAGCGGGCCAUCUCAGGCAACCUAGAGGACAUGGAUGAUGAAGUCAGUGAAGCUGUGGAACUAGACGAGCCGUCACAUAGGAGGAGUCAUUCCCUCUUUGGCAACAUGCUCAACAUGUACCACAACCGCCGCCAGUCGGCCCCCAUGGCCAACACCCACCCCCACCACAGCAUCCCCCUCACCAACAACCUCACCGUCUCUCCGUCCAGCCAGCACCGCAAGCUCUCGCCGGCCAACUCCCUGAACAGCUACAGCUACACGCCCCGCAGCCGCUCGCCGUACAGCAUGUCGUCCGGAGGUGGCUCCUUCCGUAGCAGCCGCCCCCCGGCGGGCAACGCGCUGCAUGUGUCCUCGCCCAACUCGGCGGGCUUCUCGCCGGUGGGCACUCAGCGCUACUCGCCCAACAAUGUGGCCGGCCGGAACCAUCGGCACAGUUCUGGCCAGAGCCACGAGGCCACACAACCACUGCUGUCUGAAGAGGACCACCACCUAGACCCCCCCUACCGGAAUGGUAGUGUCCACGCUGACGACCAGAACUACGGAACACUGGGCCAGGGACGGCAAGAGAUGGAGCAUAAUGCCGGAGACUCCAGGGAGCCCUUCCAGGACCCCUACAGGGAACCGUACAGGGAUUAUAGCCGUAUACCUAAGAGUAUCUUAAGGAUAACGCGCAGACUAAGAGAGCCUCCUCCAACGCUGACCACGGAGUGCUAUGAUGAUGAAGAUGAUGACACAUCCUCAGAAAACUCCCACCCAGCCACCUCGCCCCUGCUGAGCCACGAGCACACCCCCUCACCCUCCCGCAGCUGCUCCUCGGGCUCCCGCAGUGUCUCUGCCUCCCCACAGACCUCCUCCUUGACCGACUUCCCAACAGCAACGGGGACGAGUAGUUCCCGUUACCCCGGUGACGAGUCCAGUCUUCCAGGUGGGGAGUGCGGCGGCGACGGCGGCAACAGCUACCCGGCCAUGGCGGGCCGCAAGGUGCCGCCGCUGAGCAGUGCGAGGACCUCAGGGUCCUCACUCCUGUCCUGCGUGGGUAAGGCCGAGCCCCGCCCAGCGUCCGAGAGGAAGACAGCUGUGCCGCUGAAGCUUGCCCAGGCACAGGUCAUGGCAGUUGCCGGAAUGACCCCCGAGGGCAAGCCUCGCGAUGACGGCCGCCCCAGCCUGUGGCUGACUCCGCCCUCCUCCCCCCGCCGUGUCCGAUCCUCCUACCACACCCCGACCCCGCCCCGGGGCCGUGCCAGUGGCCGGGGCGGGGGCGACAGCCUCCUGCCCACAGACAAUAACAACGCCUCAGCCAAGGAGCCACUGGCACUGCGGCACUCCACGGGUGAGAUCGGCACCUCCCGUGACCCUUCCACUGCCUUCUUCAAGGCACUGACCAAGCCCAGGGUUCGCCAGCCGCUCAUCCCCAAGGGGCCCAAGGCAGCGGCCAGCCAGAUGCCUGAAAAUGUGGAGGGGAGUGCUGAGAGCCUGGUUGCUCAGGUCUUGGAGGAAGAAGGCAUCUCACCCAUCCACGACCGUGACCUGAUCAGCACGGUGGAGCGUGAGCUAGCCGAGGCCUGCAACAUGAGCCAGUCAGAGAUGGAUGCGGCCGCCCACAGACUGAUCCAGGCCAACCAGCAAGGGGAUACGUCCCUUCCUUACUUCGACCACCUCGGCGGCUACGAGCUGCAGGAUUACACGCAGCGGUCCCGAUCGCGUAAGCGUGGCCAUUCGCGGGAGGGCGGUUUUCGGACAAACAGCAAGGGCACUAGCCAGGAGGAGGACGACUUGGAGAGCGAAAACACCGACAGUGAGAAUGAUGGCGAGGAUGAUCAUGACGACGAUGAUGAUGAUGCCAAGCCCAAGGACUCCAGCGGAGACAUGGUCUACGUAACAACUCUCUAGCAGGGGUGGGGAUUUUUGAAUUCCAUGCGCUGCAUGCCUGAUGUAAUAUACUCAUUUGAACAGUUCUCGAAUCUGAUGGAUGUGAAGGAAUGUGAGCAGUCCACGCAUCCGAUGGGAUGGCCCUCACAUCCAAUGGAUCGCCUUUUAUAAUGCAAAUUUUUUUUUAAACAUGAAGACUCGGAGAGUGUUGUUUUUGGCUGUCUAGAAUUAUGGAGGAGAGAUGACUUCUUCACUCGCCACUACCUGCACAUCUUCACGUCUACCUGCACGUCUUCUUGUGAUUGACCAUCCACGUCGGUGCGUACCGUCAAACACCAUCUCUUGUUUUGAUUUGUAAUCUGAAAGAAGAACACAAUGCGCCACUACGCAUGCAGUAUUAAAAUCUGUUGAGCAUUUCCUUGACUACUUCUGCUGUUUACUGAGUGACGGAUUAAAGUCAAACAGAUUCAACUUUCUCCCCGCUGUUCCUCCAGUCGUCAUGGUUACUGCUUGUUAAUCCUCCCCCCUCUCCACCAGCAACGAGGUAUUUGAUAUCUCCAGCUUUCCCGUUCCAGGGACAUGGCACCCUGCACAACCGAAUGAGAUAAGUUGACUAGGGGAAUUAUCCACCACAUGGCAUCUGCAGUACAUUUUGAAUUGUCAAAUCUCUACUCAAUUGCUUGGGUUUUCAUUAUCAUGAGUGCUGUGUGGUUUCAGCCCAACACAAGAAAUGGAUCUCGCCUGAUGAUGUCUUCUCUGCAAAAGGGUUCCUGUCUUGUAAUGACCAGGGACACUGGCUUAUUGUCAAAAAGUUGUUAAUUUGAACUUGUAGCAUGUUAGCACGUAAGAGUCAGGUACAUUCCCCCACCUUUUUUCCACUAGAGGGAUGGGAUGUAGGGGGAGUGUGACAUGACCCAUCUGCUUUUUGUCAAUGAGACUUUCAAGCAGUCUCCAAGAGAAAAACGUUUCCCAGUUUUGGGACAGUGUAUCUCUUUUUUCUGGCCAGGGUCGUCAUAUGGCAAUUUCAUACCCUCCCCCUUCAUUUAAGCUUGUCUAGCCAUACCUCUGACUUCUUCUGACAAAACCAAUUAAAAAGUAGUGUUCACCACCUGAACAUGUGAGUCAGUGACUCAGUUUGGAUCAAGCCCACCCCUGACAGCAUCACCAACACCACCAUCACCACUUCCACAGGUGUUGUACCCCAGAGAUCAAUCGCUUUCCUCUCUAGUACUGUCAUUGCAGUUUGAUGAGAAUGACUGACUCUGAUCAUGUAUGGCACUCUAGCCUGUAUCAGGCUUGUCCACAGUGGAUGAACUGUUCUUGAAUUUAUCAUGGGGGGGGCAGUAACCUUUCCUGCUUUCAGUUAGUAGAGCUAAUCAAAAGUAUGUUCCAAACUCUGAUGGUUUCAGUUGGAAUGUUAUGCUUAAAUUACACACUGGUGCCUGCAUGCCGUGUUCAUUCUACAUUUUGGGGGGGGGGGAACUAUACAGGAACUGUGACGAUUUUUCUAUGUGAAGAGCGAGGUAUUUUUUUCACUAUGAUAACUGUAGCUGUACUUCUUCAUAUAUCUACUACUCCCUGUUGAUACAAUAACAGUAGAGGGCUCCCUCUGGUGGGUGUUACCAUGGAAACGGCACCAUCUUGCAUCCUGGCCCUUCUGGUUUUGCACAGCUGGAAGAGAUGGCAGUGUAGGGGAUGUGAAUUUGUCUGACCACAGCCAUCUUUUCAGUUUCAAAUUUUGGGGUUUUGAUCUGUCUGUAGCGUACUAAAGUUGUAAGGGUGCCCUGUAUUCUACAGCUGAGUUAUGGACAUGCAGUCUGUUUAUGGCACGGCGGACCCGGCAACAGCGUCAUGGUUACUGCGUAAGCAGUGGUAGCAGCUACACACACAACGGUAAUGGGCGACAGGGCCUGGUGUCACAUAGAAUAUUGCAGAAGCACUGUGCUGAACAUAGGUCUGUAUUAUUAUAUGAGAGUCAGCGCGCUACAGUGUGCAUGGAGGUUUUUGUUGUCUUUCUUUUUAUAACACGUUACCUCAGAAGCCGUAUGCCUGCUGUAUAUUAGGAGGAGUAUAGUACUAUUCAACAGAGAUAUCCUGUGCUUUGCAGCUCUGUGGCUUUGGGCCCAACCAAUUCAUGUACUUGACAUUGAGAGAUAUAACAAUUACAUCAAGUGUCGUAGUCCUUUAGUGCUUCCUUAAGAUCAAGUAUACAGUAAACGUCUUCAGGAUCUUCUCAAGAAGUACUCUGUGUUGAGCCACAUGCAUCAAACCCGUCACCAAGCCACAUCCGAGUCCAGUUGUUAUGGCUGUGGCUUCGUCUCAUCACCAUAUGUUGUGUCGGUAUUGACAAAUAAGGUAUCGGUCAACUUUUUUUUUUCCCCCGACUGGUUCUUUGUAGUUGAGGCUUCUGGCAGUGUGUUUUCUGUCAUCAAUUUCAUGUAGAAUCAGCAAUAACUAGAAAUCUUUGGAGCUGAUGUUACCCGAGUAAGUAAAUUUGUGUUGAAGUGUCCCCCUUGCACAUUAGGUUUGAAUAGCUCGGCUUUGUUAUCUGAAAUUCUUUUCAUCCAUACAAUACCCACCCGCUUUCAUACUGAAUUAGUAAUGAAUUUGUUUCCUAGACAACUCAUCUUGAUGUGUCUUUGGUGGGGAUGCUGCAGUGUUGACUUUGUCCCAGAAUCUAGUGACUGAAAGUGACGCUGAACCUGUCUCCACAUUCAUGUGCAGUUAUUGUCCACCGUCAAUCCGCCGCUUUCAUCCUGUUCUUUGUUCGUUCCCAGCUGCCUUGAUCAAGUCAACCAACCCGUUGUGUUCUCACCCGAUUGCUGCCAAAGCCAAACAUGAUUGAAAAAGAUGGGUUGAAUGGAGUUCCAAAACCUGUCUGGAAAUUCAUUUCAAUAAUUUUCAAGCUCACGAAUUCAGUGUCCCUCACCCAAAGAGAAAAUAUCGAUCUUCCAAGAUCUCAAAUAUCAAUAUCUUAUUACAGUAAGCGGUGAAUUUUUGUGAGAGGUUGACGUUUCUUUAUUAUAGGCUUGGAAAUGUGCACGUCUUUGUUGUUUUUUUGUGCUUGCUUAUAUCAGGUGUUUUUGCGGUUGAAUAGAUGAGAUUUUCAUAUUUUCGUUGUUUGCAGUAGUACUGAACUGAACUUCAGUUCUAUCAUCUGAAACAUUGCUUUUUUUCCGAUAGGACCACUGUAUCCCUUCACGUUAGAACCCAAAUUUGAGAAAAAGGCUCUAAAAUCAUAUUAUGUGGAAAAAUAAAAUUCACCGUCUGUAGAUGAGAUUAGGUUUCUGGGUAAAAUGUCUGUUUUGCUCCAAGUACCAGCAGGUCAUCUUUGAAAGAAAUCCAGGUUUUAUUUUUAUUGGGUGUGUGACUGAAGGGCUCAUUUGGUCUUCCGAAUGAACCCAAAGAACAUGUGACUAUACAACUCAACUGAUUGUGCCAUAGUACACAGCGCUGUGUAAAAUACAAAUGGAAAUGGUUCAGUCAAAACACUCACUAAUUGUUGCAUUUUUAUCUCUUCAUUUUUACUUGUUAAAAACUUGUUAAGGUCACAAGAUGUGUAUUAUGAGCUGGACUCAAAAUGGUGUCAUUUAUAAUUUCUUUCUGGUUCAUUUAAAUACAGGUUCUUGGAAUUAAAUGCCUGGUCAGCAGUUUUGGAAUGUUGUAAAGUCACUAAGUGCCCAAAAGUUAAAACUAAAUUACCUGUGUACAAAUCAAGCAGUUUUAUCCUCUGUGUUUUAACUUCACUGCAGGCUUCAUAUUAAAAAAUGAACAGAGAUAUAUUGUCUGUACUGUGGUCAAAUAUAAACGUAUACGAUUUAAAAUCUUGUAAUUGAUUUGAUGUUGCAUAUCCAAGGUCUGUAUUUUUUAAUCAUACACUUAUGAAUAUUUAGGAACUGAAUAGGAAGCCUUAAAUAUUGGAAAGGGCAGUCCCUGGACUGAGACCUGUGCUUCCAGUGUCCUGCCACUUUUCAUUUCAAUUUGUAAAGCUUUGUUUUCAGGAAUUCAUUUCUAUAGUGUCCCCAAAAACUGCGCCCUCUAGUGUCGGCAACAGUGAUUUUUAGCCUUUUUUUUUUUGCUAGGGGUGCUGGGACAGGCAAAUGCCCUUCACAGAAUUUUGUGAAGGAUGUACAGGUGAAGCAAGGCCUUAUGGGUAACUGCCAACCCCAUUUGGUACAUGUACAUUCCGUGACACAAGCAAAUACUCGCCAAGUGUAACCAGGCAAAAUGUAAGUCAAGUCACAAGUCAUUUUUUUUGCGAGUCCAAGUCAAAUCCCAAAGUCCUUUGGUUCAAACACAAGGCAAGUCACAGGUCUCUUUGCCCAAGUACAAGUCGUGUGGAAUUUUACCCAUCUGAAAUAUUCAAACAUGGUAAGGCAUCUGCUGGACAAUUUAGGAGUUUCAGACUAUUAAACUUGAUUUGCUUAAUUAGCAUACUUACACUUUAUUGUUCACUUUCCACAUGUACUACAGUACUUCUGGCAAAAAUGGCAGAGAGUCAUUUUUCUCCACAAUUCCAAAAGUCACGUCAAAGUCACAUAAAUAGCAACUUGUAUUCGACUCGAGUCCAAGUCGCAUGACUUGAAUCAACAUCUCUGCCAUCUCGGCACCCUCAGUUUGUCAGGGCCUCUGGAGCUUCCACAAUACACCGUUGGAAAUAAAUUGAGAGAGGUUACAGAUUUGUGGAGCAUCCAUUUAAUUUGGAGUUACCACAUGUAUUGCAUGCUCGAGUUACUUGGCCCUGAAGGGGAUGUGAUUUUGUGUGUUUGUUGCUUUCAGAGCAUGUUGGGUCUGUGAGAGCCCACACACAUACAUCAUAUGUGUUCCCCUCCAUGUCACGUCAGUUUCAAUUGGAAUU